UUGGUUAGGUAACGUGAACAUGGCGUAACCCUACAUUCACAGAGUAUAGGCGUAGCUGCCACUAUUUCAGCGUGUUUUCAGUUCAUGAAAGUUAACUGUAACAUUUUGGUCGCCUGAAAUAAUCUUGUUCAGCGUUUGGUUGUACUAAAACACCCUCCAAGGAGUCAGAUGUCCAGUUUUUCCGUGUCUCUCUGGGAAUGAUGGUGUUGCCACUGGUGCCGCCCUCUCUGUCGCCAUGACGAUGCCAUUCAGCCCCCUGUCCAGCGACGAGGAGCAACAAAGGAUGCUGGGAAACAAUCGACAUCUCUACCCAGGGGCCGAGGACGAGGAGGAGGAGGAGGAAGAGGAGGAGGAGGAAAUGGAAGAGGACGACCGUGACGAGGACGGGGAGGAGGAGAACGGCGAGCUGGAGGGGGAAGAGGAAGACGAUGAGGAGGAAAUGGUGGAGGAGGUCAGGCGAGGAGGAGGCCUGUCGCGGGGGGGAAGGGGUGAGGGACUCAGGCAGUCAGGUAAACUUGCCGGACGACCCGCCGGGGACAGACAGAUCCGGCCAGGGAACCCCGUGCACACCACAAACCCCUAUUCGUCCAACCCGGGGCCCACGCACCAACAGCCAGCCAAUCAGAUACAGCAGCAGCAGCAGAGGAGGCUGAAGGAGCGCAGCGCCAGCACGGUGCCAUCUGAGGACGCCCACAUCGCCAUGAUGGUGUUUCGCAUCGGCAUCCCAGACAUAAAGCAAACGAAAUGUUUGCGUUUUAACCCGGACGCCACGGUGUGGAAGGCCAAGCAGCAGGUGCUCUGCUCCCUGACCGAAUCUCUGCGGGACGUCCUGAACUACGGUCUGUUCCAGCCGGCUACCGAUGGCCACGACGCCAAGUUCCUGGAGGAAGAGAGGCUGCUCAGAGAAUACCCUCAGUCCUUUGAGAAAGGGGUGCCAUAUUUGGAGUUUCGAUACAAGACCAGGGUGUACAAACAGACCAAUCUGGAUGAGAAGCAACUGGCCAAACUGCACACAAAGGCCAGCCUGAAAAAAUUCAUGGAUUAUAUCCAAACCAGCGCUGUGGACAAGAUGGCCAAGUUCUUAGACAAGGGCCUCGAUCCCAACUACCAGGACGCUGAUACCGGCGAGACUCCUCUGUCCCUGGCGGUGCAGUGUGAGCCGGGUGGAGGUGAGUCCAUCCGGGUCCUGGUGGAGGGAGGGGCUCAUAUUGACUUCCGCGCCAAAGAUGGACUCACACCGCUACACAAGGCUGUUCGAGGCCACCGCCAUACAGCCCUGCUGGUCCUGCUGUCUCUGGGCGCCUCUCCGGAUUACAAGGACCGGCGAGGGCUGACACCGCUCUACCACACUGUGCUGACAGGGGGCGACACCUCCUGCUGCGAAACACUGCUUUACCACCACGCCAAGCUGGGCAUCAGGGACGAGAACGGCUGGGACGAGACACAUCAGGCCUGUCAGAACGGUAACUCGCAGCAUCUGGAGCACCUCCUCUUCUAUGGGGCGGAUUCUUCCUCCCAGAACGCCUCUGGAAACACUGCCUUGCACAUCUGUGCUUUAUACAACAAGGAAAGCUGUGCACGAAUUCUGCUCUACCGGGGAGCAAAUAAAGACACAAAGAAUAACAGCGGGCAGACCCCCUUUCAGGUGGCUGUUAUGUCUGGCCAUUUUGAGCUGGGCGAAAUAAUCAAAAACCACCGAGAUACAGAUGUGGUUCCCUUCGUGGAGUCUCCAAAGUACGCCCCUCAGAGGCGGGAGAGCACCCGGACGCUGGCAAUACCCCACCCUCAUCCCUUCCUGCGCGCCAACAGCGACAGCAGCAUGAACCUGCCGGACUGGAUGGCGGUGCCCAACGCUCCGACCACCAACAUCGUAUCAGUGCAGGGAUAUAAGCAUACAGGUACUCUGCGGAGCUCCAGCAGUCCCAGAGGGGCGAGGACGCGCUCGCCGUCCCGAGGGAGGAUCGGAGACAAGGAGGACCGGAGCAGGCAGAGCCGGAGACAGGGGCCUGCACCCGCCAGCACUGCUGGACAAACCGCCGGCCAGCGGAGACGCCUCUACAGCGCCGUCCCAGGACGAGUCUUUGUAGCUACUCGAGCACACUCUGCCCAGGGCGAGCGAGAAAUCAGCUUCAAUAAGGGAGACAGGGUCAAAGUGUUGAGUGUUGGUGAAGGCGGGUACUGGGAGGGGACGGUCAGAGGUCGCACCGGCUGGUUCCCCUCCGACUGCGUGGAGGAAGUGAUGCUUCGAAGCCAAGACAACCGAUCAGAGAGCCGUGGAGAACGAGCCAAAAGGCUGUUCCGCCAUUACACUGUGGGAUCCUACGACAGCUUUGACGCUCCCAGUGACUAUAUAAUCAAGGAGAAGACAGUGCUUCUGCAGAAGAAAGACAGCGAGGGUUUCGGCUUUGUGCUGAGAGGGGCCAAAGCUCAGACUCCCAUUGAGGAGUUUACUCCCACCCCGGCCUUCCCUGCCCUGCAGUACCUGGAGUCAGUGGACGAGGGAGGAGUGGCGUGGAGAGCCGGUCUCAGGAUGGGGGAUUUCCUGAUAGAGGUCAACGGUCAGAACGUGGUGAAGGUCGGUCACCGGCAGGUCGUCAACAUGAUCCGGCAAGGCGGCAACAGUCUCAUGGUCAAGGUUGUCAUGGUAACCCGCAACCCUGACAUGGAGGAGGGUUCCAGAAAGAAAAUCCCCCAGCAGAGUAAGAGGCUGAGCACUCCGGCUAUCGCUCUACGAUCCAAAUCCAUGACUUCAGAGCUGGAGGAGAUGGUGGAAAGAGCUGCUACCCCUUGGAAAAAAAAAUCAGAAUUCGAAUCCUCACAAGUUACAGAGAAGAAGAGGACAGUCUAUCAGAUGGCUUUGAAUAAACUUGAUGAAAUUCUUGCAGCAGCUCAGCAGACAAUCAACACCAACGAGGCGCCGGGGACACGGGCGCAGGGGCCGAAAAGAGACAGGGGACGAAGUUUCUAUGGCAAUGAGCAGAACUACGGGGAUCAGUCUGGGAUGGGGAUGAUGGGUCUCGGCUAUGACCGCGGCCAGUACACCUCAGGUCACGCCCCUCAGCACGGUAUGCUGCGGCAGAAAUCCAUCGGGGUGCCUGAGGAGGAGAAGCAGCUCCUGCAUCCUCCAACCAUGAAGUUUGCCCGCAGUCUGUCGGUUCCCGGCCCAGACGACAUCCCCCCUCCUCCCACCACUGCUCCGCCGGACCCUCCAUUCUCCUCUGCUCCUCCGCUAGGUUGGAGAGCUAAGUCAUCUCAGCAGCCCUCUGUCUCCGUGUCCCAGUCCACAUCCACCUCUGCACACUACCAGCCCUACUCCCAGUCGGUGCACUUCACCCAUGGCGGCAGGGAGAGGGCAGGCGGUCCCAGCACCGGCCCCGGCGGUGGAGCGGCGGACCACACCACCUCGUAUUCUCACGCAGCUGCCCACACUGCUCAAAGCAGGACUGCUUCGCGGAAGGUUGCUUAUACUGGGGAGCCUGUUGGAGCUGGCAUAGGUGCAGGUGGAGGGGCCAAGGCAGCAGGUCUUAGAAGAGGCUACAGCACCGCCAUCCCCCCAUCCAGCAUUGCCACUGUAAUGCCCCAGCAACAACAGACUACCCAGAGUCAAGCCCAGCGAGCAGACCGCAGUGCGGCUGGGGCUGGAGCAGGGGGUCCUAAAGGAGGGGCUCGGAGAGGUAAGGGCCCCCUGGUGAAGCAAUCGAAGGUAGAGGACCUGCGCAUGGGCCAGGGUACGCUGGGUGGCAAAGGUUCGGUGGAGAAAAGCUCCAUCCCUAUCCCCACCAUUAUCGUCAAGGCUCCUUCAACCAGCAGCAGUGGACGCAGCAGUCAGGGCAGCAGCGUGGAGGCCGAUGCACCUGCAUCAGGGGAGACAGACGAAAUCAAAACGCCCCAUGGUCCUCCUCCCUCCACCCCUGCUCCACAGCCCCCUGCCCCGCCUUCCAUCCCAGCACCGCCGCCUCCCUCCUUGCCUUCUAUCAGAGCCCAGGAAAACCUGGACUUUACCAGCCAGUUUGGGGCUGCCAUUGUUGGCGCAGCUCGCAGAGACAGGGAGAGGUUUCACGAAGCCCGCAGAAAGAGUGCCUCCUUGUUUAUGUCUGCUGAGGACGAAGUGGGUCUUGGGAUAGUGAGCGAUGGAGUAGGAGGGGGAACAAGGACUCAGGUGUCACAGCUUAGCACACAGGCUGAAAGUUCAUCCACACGGCUGCGCCCGUCCAAGUCUAUUGACGAGGGCAUGUUCUCUGGGGACACCUUUAUCCACCACACCCGUAGUAUGCCUCCAGCCUUUGGUUUACCUGAGUAUUCCUCACCUGCUCUAGACUAUCAACCUAAGUCUGUGCCUACUGACUUGUACACAGCAGCAGGUAGGCAACAGGCAGCUGCCUCCACCACCACCUUCAUUCACCCUCUAACAGGAAAGGCUCUUGACCCCACAUCGCCUCUAGGCCUCGCCCUGGCUGCUAGAGAGCGUGCUCUGAGGGAUGACAGCAGGUUAAGGCGGGGAACGGAGCACCACUUCACCCGCCAGAUGUCGAGUGUGGUGUUUCCUUCGUCUACUGUUACCUCUCAGCCGGUGUCGUCUGCCGCCCAGACCUCCAGUUCCUCCUACCUGGUCACCUCUUCUUCUCUGGCUGCCACCACACCCACUGUUGGCCGCCCGCCCUCGCCCAGAAUCCUGAGAGGAGUUGGGAGCGUGUGGGGUGAGGACGGCAGCGGAGGAGAGAGGGAGCGGGAAGGAGGAGGGGCACGCGAGGGGCUAAGAGUUCGCUUUUCUGAGGACAAAACAGUCCACACACACCACUACCAGUCUCAGCCAUAUCAGCCAACCUAUAAGGAGAGGGAGCGGGAGAGGUCGAGGGAACGGGAGAGGGAGCUGUCGAGGGAAAGAGAGAGGGAUAAAGAGAGAGAGGGUUACAUGAGGAGGGCAGAGCAGGCUGCUGCCAAUGCAGCGGCGGCUGAUAGCGCUGCUCAGCAGGCUGCUCAGCAGGCGUCCCAGUCUCAGCAGCCUCGGAGGCCCUCUUUUCUCAGGAUGGAAAGUCAAGCUGAUGCCUAUAUCCUGUCCCUCACCCCUCCCUCUCCUCCACAUACCAGUGCUCAGCAGACAACAAGCACUACUGGGAGCACUGGGACUGGCCUGAUGGUUCUUCCUCCUCCUGCCCCUUCAGUUGAUGCGGACGAUGAGUUUGUCUACGCGGACCCCCUCCCACCUCCAUUGGAGUUUGCUAACAGCUUUGACAGGGGAAUAUCAGGGUACUCACAACGUGGGAUGCUCCCCAACAGCGUGACCGCCCGCCAACAGCAGGUCCCACCUCCUCCACCUCCUCCUCCCCCACCACCGCCACCCCCUCCACCCCCCCAAAAAGAACCAUUUGCAAGCGGGUUUCCUGCUCAUACGCCCCUGCCCUCACCGCAGGCAGGGGACUCCACUGCCUCCAGCCUCACAUCAUACGACAGUGAGGUGGCUAACCUGACUCAGUCCGCUCCCUCCCCCUCCCAGACGUCGCCCAACCCCCCUCCUCCCUCCUCGCCCUCUACCCUGCAACCCACCUCGAUAGCUGGACCUCCACCUCCCCCAUCAGUCUCACCGCCGCCCCCUCCCGGCUCCUACCACAGACCCUUCUCUAUGUCCCACCCCCACCACCUUUACAACAACACUCACACUCCUGGGCGCUCCUCCCCCACGCCUCCUCCGCACACUGUCGCACCGCCCCCGGCCUACCGUGGCCCCCCAGCGCCCUCCUCCACUGCUGCCACCUCUGCUCCACACAGGGGCACCGCCUCCCUCGCCACGACCACUAGCUGUGCCGCUACAACCACCGCUGCUGCCACCACAACAAGCACCUCCACUCAGCUCUACCACGAGCGAACGCACACCACACAUACACCUUCCUCCACCACCAUCACCAGUAGUCGCAGGACGGGAGAGCACCACCGUCAUCCCCCUGCUGCCAAGAAAGGAGAGUCCCAGGAGACGGUGGUGGACUCUGGGAUCGAAGAACUGGACAGCCGCAGCAGCAGCGACCACCACCUGGACAGCAUCCUGGGUCUUAGUGGAGCUACUGUCCGAGGAGAAAGGCUGGACCGAGCGGAGAGAGGAGGAGGCGGGGUUGGUGGACGGAUCGUAGGGGGAAGUGGGACAGGGGAAUCAGAGAGGGGAGGAGAUUUUCUAGAGUCUUACAUGAGCUACCUGGACGGACAAACUUUUGAGAUGCAGAAUGCCACAGCAGCAGCCUCCACCUACCCAAAAUCCAACAGGUUUAGAGAGGGAGGUCGCGUCAGCGAGCUACACAGACAGACCAGCACCGCUCCUGCAUCCUACCACUCCCACAGACGAAGAGAAGACCAGGAAGAGGAAGAGGCAGAGGAAGGUGUGGCAGAGGAUGAAGGUGGCCACGAUGGGUACGGGGUGAGGGACAUGCAGAAUUUGGGACGUCCCAGUUCACCGUAUUUUGAUCGCCCACGUACUCCUGAGAUGAAGCCUAUGUGGGGCGAGGGGCAGAUGAGCGGUGAAGGAGGCCAAUUCGGGACACUUUUAGAGGGAAAGAAGAUUUACCCUCCCGCAUCUAGUAUGAAGCCCAGCAUCAUAAAUGAGCUGAGCAGCAAACUGCAGCAAAGAACCAAGGACAGCUGGAGCAGCCAGAGACCACUGAGCAGACACAGAUUCUCAGAAGACUCAGCCUCAGCUCUGAGCCCCCCAUCGGCUCGAUCCCAGUCGCCGUCUCCGAUCUCGUUAUCGCAGCCAUCGUUGUCCCCAUCCCCGACCCCCGCCUCCCAGUACCCCAACUGGGGACGGUCCCCAUCUCCUCAACCUCCAGCUGCCCCUCAGCCUCCACGUUCACAUUCCCCGCUGUCCCCAACAGGUUAUUCCCCUUACCCCACCUCCCCCAAACACAGACCUGUCUACCGGACCAAAGCCCUGGAAUUCCAAUUCAUCCCCAGUCGUGAGUCCCGUAAAGCAGAAUCACACAUACUCCAGCGUAGGCGAGCACCCAGCCCCCUCAUCUCCCCAUCAGAGAGGCCCAAGCUGGGCCCGCCGCGCCCAUCGUCCCUUCCGCUCCUCCCCACAACACCCCUAUACAGCGCCAUCUACGACCUCCGAGGUUCAAUCACCCCACCGUCACCUGGGAACCCUCUUGGAGAUCCUUACUUCUCGCCCUCUCCACCUCUGUUUGCUCCCUCGGGUGCCCCACCUCCUCCAAACUCUACUUUAGUUGUUUCUCGAUCACUCUCUCCGACCCACUUCCUGUCCGGGACGUCUUCUCCACCGCUGCACCCUCUCCCUCCGCCUACCUGCCUGAGCUACCCCCAUCUACCGCCCCCUUCCCCUACCAAGCCUUUUGCCUCCAAGCCGCUGCCCUACUGGACCAAGUACGACGUCGCAGACUGGCUAGGAUACCUGAACCUGGGUGAGCACAGAGAGCGUUUCCUGGACAACGAGAUCGACGGCACUCAUCUGCCCUCCCUUACCAAGGACGACUAUCUGGAUUUGGGCGUGACUCGUGUCGGCCACCGCAUGAAUAUAGAACGGGCCCUGAGGACUGUAAUGGACAGGCUGUCCAGCAGCCCGUUCCCCAUUUCUGUUCUCUCACCUCGGGAAGGACAGACUGACAGGAGGAGGGACGAUGGGAGUCGGAGCUGAGGUUGCAAACACAGAGACAGAAAAAGAGAGAAAGAAAGAGAAAGAAAGAAAAGAAGGGGUUGGAGUCAAUGAGGGAGGAAGACACAACUGCUGCUAUCCACGGUGGAUUCACACAACGAAUGAGGGAGGGAGAGGAGGAGGAGGAGGAGGAGGAGGGGGGGGGAACAGAUUUCACACAGAGCAGAGAGCGACAGAAAGAGGGAGUCGAGUCCCAAAGGGAGACGGAAAAAAAAGGGCUGACGAUCCAUAAAGACACCGGCUGCUGCUCCCAAGUUGCGGGCAGGCUGAUUUUUUUUUACACAAGUACACUCCCCACAUGCACGCACGGUCACAAUGAUCAACAAACACCCUCUCAUCUAAAAAACACAUAUGAAGACACCACAUUAUGAGACACCAUUAAAGCGCUGAAAUCGAACCAAAUACUUGAGAGGAACAAUCAAAAAGCCAGUCAGAUUGUAAAAAAAGAAUAUCCAAGCAGGUUGUGUUGAGCUGGAGGAGAUAAAAGUGUCUUUAAUUGUACGGCCAUUGUUGAAGUCUUUUACCUGGUUAAAUCUGUUCAGGUCAGAGAGCCGGAACCCACCGAGAAUAUAUAUAAAUAUAUAUAUAGAGAGAGAAAGUGCAAUCAAUGACGACCCCUCCCCUGUGUGAGUGGACGCUAGUUUUUGUCUUGAAUAUCAUAAGAAGGUGAAUGGAGAUUUAUGCGUGCAGGAGUGAAACGUAGGACGACGACGACGGGCGAGUACGACAGCUUCCUUUAGAGGUGACAAGGAGGGCAGCAGACGGAUAACUUCACGUCCUUGGUUGACGCCAAGGUGGCUCUCUGUGUGUCGCUGCGAUUGGUCGUUGUCUUGUUUUUACCUCACCAACUGGUAGGGCUGUGUCCUCACUGCAGGUCCUGUGAUCAGGAUUGUACGUGUUUCUCUAUAGCUCUUAAUCAUCUUAAGUCUUAUAAUGACAUAUAUACAGACUGGUCACUGUAUCACAAAAUUUGUAGCAAAAAUAAGUGCCCAGACCAACAACAUAAAAAAAUAAAAAUAAAAAUUAAAAAAAAGAAACACACUGAUACGCACACACAGGCACCCGAAGUUACUAUUAUACAUGCCUGCAUGCAUACACCAACAUGUAGACACACAAACAUACACGCAAACACCUUACGGCGUUUGUGUUAAGAGUUUAUGGGACACCUUAUAUAUAGACACACACACUAUAUGUUUGGAUCCAACUUAUACAAACGGAGAAAGACUGUACUUUCAAACCGUUAAGACGGGGAUACACGUGAAGAGAAAUCUCUCCCUCCCCCCCGAGGAUUUUAUUUUACCUACGAAAGACUUCCUUCUCAGCGUCGAGGCAACUGUUGUACACCCCGUUUAUUAGACCUUCUGUCCGAGGGAGACUGGAAAGGAGAGGGGGAGGGGAAGAGGAAAAACUGCCAAUUUCUUGCUCUUUCCCCACCCAAUCCCCCCCUGCUCCUUCCAGGAGUGUCCCCCACACCCC